UGGGCAUUUUAGGUGGCAACUACGGAUCCGUACCCAGGUACCUAUGAAAGAUCCAUAUUUGCGACCGGACAAACAAUAAAUCAUCCACCUCAACUUCCCAUCAUCAAUCCUCAAUAUCAUAUCGCCCUUCCUAACGUUUGGAUCGCCUAAGUCGCCAAUAUGUCGUUGCAACUAAAAAAAUCUUACCAUCCCGCCCUCCUCCGAAAUCAACGACGUGUUUACGAGGAGGAGCAAAAGGCCUUAGAAGAGCGCAAGAAGACCGAAGCUCGCAUCCAAGAGAUUAAGGAAGAACGCGCCAAAGAAGAACUCCAAAAGCAACUUGCUAUUUCUGGAGGCCGUAAAGUUGUUGAUCGCGUAGAUUGGAUGUACCAGGGCCCUAGCGAUGGCCAAAAUGGUACAUCUGAAGAGCUCGAGGGCUACCUACUUGGAAAGCGACGCAUCGAUAACAUUCUAACUAAGGGGUCCGAUCACGAAAAUCUCAAGAAGACUGCGGGCCCAGAGAGUUUCAUGGCCCUACAGAAUGCGAAUACAGAAAGAGAUACCGCGUUAAAAAUUCGAGAAGAUCCUCUUUUGGCCAUUAAGAAGCAAGAGCAGGCGGCAUAUGAAGCCAUGAUGAACGAUCCCAUUAAGAGAAGACAACUACUCGCAUCCAUGGGACAAAUAGAUGAGAAGAAUUCAUCGCAAAAGAAGGAAGAGAGACACUCGAGACGGCAUAGGCAUAGAUCGCAUUCCAGAGAACAUCGCCACCGUCGACAUCAUCGAUCCGACUCGAGGGAAAGAGAUGAAUCAAGGGAACGACGACAUAGGCGUCGCCGGGCCAAUUCGAGAGAUAGGUCCGAAAGUAAAGAUCGUCACAGUUUAAGCAAAGAAACAGAACGUUAUACUGAGCGACCUAAGCGGAGGGAAUCAGAAUCCAGGGGUGAACACCGAGAUAAUGAUAGAUUGCGCAGAGACCGAUCAAGAAGCCCGCGUCGUAGUGAUACCAAGGACGAUGGAUAUCGUCAACGCCAGGAAUAUUCUGGGGAACGGCCGCGAGAACGGCGACGAUAUUCGAACGAUCGGAAUGAUGGUGACCGCCGUGAUUACCGCGAUCGACGGCCACACAAAGAUGGGCCAAGCAAUAAUCGCCAUAGUAAGGUCACCGGUACCGACAACUCCGCAGAGUCAGCCGCAGAAGAGCGAGCUCGCAAGCUCGCAGCUAUGCAAGAGGCUGCAUCUGAACUCGAUCAAGACCGGGAGAAGCGCUUAGCAGCGCUCGCAGAAAAAGAGCGCCAAGAACGAGAAGCUGACGACAAAGCGCGGGAGAAGUCUGGAAAAUACGGAGACAGGGAAUUUGUGAACGGUUUGCGGAGACAAGUUAUUUCCUGAAAGAAGCGAAACAUUACCGCAAAACCGGUGCCUUGGGGUAAGGUCUCUUCGGCCUAAACCAGUGACGCGGGGGAUUUUCUCAGGCUUCAUAGCCUCUAAUACGGAUAGCCGUCACCCAGCUAUGAAGGCAGCUCCCACAGGCCGUUUCGUUACCUGAACGGGUGCGAGCAUAUUUUUUAAAGUCCAAGUUCGAGUAUCUUAUCGCUUGAUCAAGUGAUUGGGAAUGGUUAUGCGAGUUGCUAAAAACCCUUGGUCUAAUAGAAGAAAAAAAUAACUUGUGUAAUCAAAAUGGUCUUCUGGGGAGAAACACUACCGUCAAGAAGUAGACGAAGCUGAGAAUUAACUAACCCUAGAUGUUAUAGAUGCCUGAAAUGGAGUAGUACGGCAAGAUAUAAGCAUGAGCUUCUACUAAAACGACUGCUCACAUUACCUACCUACCUUGGGUACCUAGGUUUAGGUACUCAGUAUUAGUUUAAAUACAACUUUAGCUAUAUACCUGUCAAUUUCACUUAUUUUUAAGAGGCAAAGCUGACCAUGAGAGUUCUCAGGAGAAUCCAAACUGUGGAAUUGUCAAAAUGAUUUAGACUAAAUAUUGUAUUUGCCCGAUCAUCCUUUCUCUACUCCUACUCCGUCCGGUACAAGUAUGUGCUAUUUAGUGCCGCACUAGAGAAACGGUAGACUUGAGGAUCGCUAUG